AGAAAGCGGUUUUUCAAAUCUAAGUUUACUCAACCUCACCUACAAUUGCAAAAGAACUUUAUCAGACAAUGUUCUUCCAAAUAUGAAAAAGAGAUACUUGAAGAGCAGCUUCCAACUCAUUUUCUAGCAACAUUAAGGUACAAGGAAUUACAUCAGUUUGUGCCUGUGUGUUGAUUAGUCACAACACCAAAUUACUGAACAACGCCAUUUGUGCAGAAAUGUUGAAAGGCGGUGGAAAUACUUCGGUGGCCAUUUCUCUAGGCAUUUCCCUUGUUGUGUUCUUGGUGUUCUGUGGAAUUGGGUGUAUUUGGCACUGGAAACACCAUAAGGCCACACGAUUUACCUUACCCAGGUUUUUGCAAAGAGGAACUAGCAGAAGAAAAAACUAUACAAAAAAUCUCUUCUUGGAUUCCCACCUCAUUGGCUUAAGGUUGAAAACCUCAGACGAAACCCACGGUCACAAAUCUACUGGCAAAGGAACAAAAAUGCACAGCAACUAUGAAAAUAUGAAAGCAGGCCUUCCCAAAACUAAAGAAGAAACUGACAAGGGACUGUAUGAAAACACUCAGCUGUCCAAUGUCACAGAGCCUAUCUACAAAAACGAGAUCUCUCCCUAUUAUAAUUUCCAUAAGCCUGAAACUUCUCAAGUGUCUCCAGAGGAAGACAUAUACAUUCUUCCAGAUUCAUAAUAACUUUUCCAAAUACUGAGAUUCAUUGAGGAAACAUAUGCCCUGGGACUUUUACCGUACUGAUGUCAUUAUUGACCGAGUUCCUCUCGUGAAUCUAGUGAUCUCUCCUCUCUUCACUCCUUGGGAAUGCAAUCUGAGCAUCAUUGUAGAUUAAUUACCUGUCUUGCAUUUAAUCUGUACUAUGUUAUGUU